AGAUCCUCUUUGAUUGAUAUUUUUUUUCCCAUUAUCAGCGUGAGAAUCGAUCCACAUCUCUACUCUAACAAUUAAAAGAUUUUCCUCGGAUUCUCAAAUUUUCAAGUUUUAAUUCUCUUUCCCUUUUCAAUUCCUUUUAUUUUCUUCUUACUUUUCUCAAAGAUCCAAGUUGGUUUGUUACUGAGAGAGACAAAUAAAAUCUAGGGUUUUUAGGUCAAAGUAAAUGUUCGAUCAGCCUCAACACAUUCGAUUCUCUUCUUGGCUACUGCUACUCUGCAAUGCUUAGCGUGAUCCGAGUUCACCUCCCUUCCGAAAUUCCCAUCGUGGGCUGCGAGCUAACCCCUUACGUCCUCGUCCGCCGCCCCGAUAAGUCCGCCGCCACCGAAGAUGUCCCUGAGUCUUCUCCCCUCGAAGGCUACUUCCUCCGUUACAGAUGGUUUCGUGUACAGAGCGAUAAGAAAGUAACGAUCUGCAGCGUCCACCCGACGGAGCAAGCCACUUUGCAAUGCGUCUUCUGCUCGAAGCGUCCAGCUCUCGUCUCCAAAAGCUACCACUGCUCUCCCAAAUGCUUUACCGACGCGUGGCAGCACCACAAGACUCUGCACGAGCGUGCAGCCGCUGAGAACGGGAACAACGAGGAAGAUAAUAAUAAUGACUUGUCACGUGCCAGCAGCGCCGCCUCUGGUGUCCUCGCCAGCACCUUGUCUGCUUCAAUGUCGAGUCUCAACGGGCCACCGACGCCGUUUUAUCCUUCUAGCAUCGCGCAGAAGAACGGAGGAGAGACGCUGGUCGAGGUCGGGGGUUGCAAAACGUACACGCCUACGGCUGAUGAUAUUGGCUACGUGUUGAAGUUCGAGUGUGUGGUGGCUGUUGCCGAGAGUAAGCAGUCUGUGGGGCAUCCUAGUACGAUUAUGACUUCGCGUGUGAUUCCUGCUCCUUCUCCGAGGCCUCGGAGGCUUAUCCCUGUUAAUGGAGCUGAUGUGGUGGGUGGUCACUUGGAUCAAGAUGGUCGGAUUCAGUCUGCAGGAUCGUUCACUGUUCUUUCUUACAAUAUAUUGUCUGAUACUUCUGCGAGUAGCGAGCUUUACAGUUACUGUCCUACUUGGGCUCUUUCUUGGCCUUAUAGAAGGCAGAAUUUGUUGAGGGAGAUUGUUGCUUAUCGAGCUGAUGUUGUCUGCCUUCAAGAGGUACAAAGUGAUCAUUUCCAUGAAAUUUUCGCUCCUGAGUUGGAUAAACAUGGGUAUCAAGCUCUAUACAAGAGGAAGACUAAUGAGGUUCUCAGCGGAAGUACAAGUGCAAUUGAUGGAUGUGCAACGUUUUUCAGAAGGGAUAGAUUUGCACAUGUCAAGAAAUAUGAUGUUGAAUUCAACAAGGCUGCUCAGUCUUUGACUGAGGCUAUCAUCCCUCCUGCUCAGAAGAGAAGUGCUUUAAACCGACUUGUGAAGGAUAACAUUGCGUUGAUAGUUGUUCUUGAAGCGAAGUUUGGUAAUCAACCUACUGAUGCCUCUGGGAAGCGCCAGCUUAUCUGUGUGGCAAACACACAUGUUAAUGUUCAACAAGAGCUAAAGGACGUGAAGCUCUGGCAGGUUCAUACGUUAUUAAAGGGGCUAGAGAAAAUAGCGGCUAGUGCCGAUAUUCCCAUGCUUGUAUGUGGAGACUUCAAUACGCUUCCCGGGAGUGCUCCUCAUUCACUUCUUGUAUAUGGAAAGGUUGACCCACAACACCCAGAUCUAUUGGUUGAUCCCCUUGGGAUCCUGCGUCCUCAAACCAAACUGACUCAUCAACUGCCUCUGGUGAGUGCGUACUCAUCGUUUGUGAGAUCAGUAAUGGGUAUUGGAUUGGAACAACACAGAAGGAAAAUGGAUCUUAAUACAAACGAGCCUUUGUUUACCAAUUGCACAAGGGACUUCAUUGGCACUCAUGACUAUAUAUUUUAUACAGCGGAUACAUUAAUGGUGGAGUCUUUAUUGGAGUUGCUAGAUGAAGAUGGAUUGAGAAAGGAUACAGCUCUUCCUUCCCCGGAAUGGUCUUCUAGUCACAUUGCACUCUUAGCUGAGUUUCGAUGCAUGCCUAGGACCAGACGCUAACCGGAGCUCCACCACCUUCCUUUUCACCUUGGCAAAUCGCUUACAGAUAGUUUUCUUCUCUUUUUUUUGUUUGUUUUCCUGUUCUUAAAAUCAGAUUAAGACAGAGAUGGCACAAAAGGUCGAAAGUGUUUCUGAUCCAAAGUAAAAGGCAGAUAUCACUUUCUGAUGUUGGUCAUUCCUUAUAAUGACCUCUGUGUCUCUUUCUUUGUCUAACCUUGUCAUUUUGAUCAGUCAAUAUUAAGAGAUAUCCAUUUGCUUUUUAAUC